AUGAAGUCCUUCUUCGCCACCACGACUGCCCUCGUAGCAGCUAGCCUGCAGCUUGCCGCCGCCGUCCAAAUCGAUGUCAACAACGUCGACUCCAUCAAGGCUGCUUCACGCACUCUCGCAUUCGGUGUGCAGAGCUGGUAUCACAACAACGUUACCGGCAUUCCAGCGACGGCCGUCGGCACGCUUCCAGCACCGCUCUACUGGUGGGAAGCUGGUGCUGUAUGGGGAGGAAUGAUCGAUUACUGGGCCUAUACCAAUGAUACCAGCUACAACGCGGUGACCACGCAGGCGUUGAUGGCACAAGUUGGUCCUGACUUCAACUACAUGCCACCAGCCUACUUCAGCAGCUUGGGCAACGACGAUCAAUCAUUCUGGGCGCUGGCAGUACUUUCGGCUCACGAGUACGGCUUUCCAGCACCUUCAGGACAGAACGGUGCCGUCUGGCUCGACCUUGCCAAAGCUGUGUUCGACUCACAGACACCACGCUGGGAGACUUCGCACUGCAACGGCGGUUUGAGGUGGCAGAUCUUCGAGUCGAACAAGGGCUGGGACUACAAGAACAGCAUCAGCAACGGCGCCCUGUUCCAAAUCGCUGCUCGCCUGGCUCGGUAUACCGGCAACCAGACGUACGUCGAAUGGGCGGGGAAGACCUGGGAAUGGAUGUCUGGAGUUGGCCUCAUCAGCCCGACAUACCAAGUCUUCGACGGCAGUGACGACCUGAAGAACUGCACCGAGCUGGAUCACACGCAGUGGUCUUACAACCCCGCCAUGUUGAUUUACGGGACAGCAAUGCUGGCCAACUUCACCAACGAGCCAAUCUGGAAGAAUCGGACUGAAGGUCUGCUGACUUCGAUAGAGAACACAUUCUUCUCGCCCUACAAGAACGCAACGAAUAUCAUGUACGAGCAAGCCUGUGAGCCAGUAGACACUUGCAACGACGAUCAGUUCUCGUUCAAGGCCUACCUUUCCAGAUGGCUGGCAAAGACAUCUGUGGUUUAUCCGUCGAUCGCCCCAUCCGUCCGCAAGUAUCUGUCUGCAUCAGCUCAAGCAGCUUGUCAGUCGUGCACCGGCGGAGACAACGGCCAAACGUGCGGACAGAAGUGGUACAUUGGAGGGUAUGACUCGAAAUGCGGCGUAGGCCAGGAGCUUUCUGCUAUGGAGACCGUUCAGGCCCUUCUACUGCUGGACCAGGCCUCUCAGAAGAUUCCGCGCCACCAGGACAAUGUCAAGAUCCAGGUUGUUCCGGCCACUAAGCCUCGCAAGCGAAAGGAAGUUCGUGGUCGGCGAUCGUUGGAUUGA